CGGGAGUCAAAGGCGAAGAGAAGUUUGCUGGAGCGUGAGGCGGGGGUUCAGGCGCCCGCGGAGAGGCCGGGGAGCAGGUUGUAGGUGGAGUGCAGGAUUCACUGGCGACUUGAAAACACACAAGUUGUUGCGGAAUGCGGGUUCACUCCUGAACUCUAUUAACUUCAGGGCACAGAAGGAAACUUCAGUUCGCACUGCUUUGGAACGCGGAGAGGUAUUGUCAGCCUGAAGUUAAGGCCAAGAAAGCAUGGUGAAGCAGAUGCACUAAAAAGAAAGUGGACAAUCACAUUGAAACCUUGGAAUUACAGCAAAAUAAGCUUCCAUUAAAGUAGGUGAAUUCCAGAUAAAAAUGCAGCUUGGAUUUCAAAGUGCCAUCUCUAAGCCCAACAUAGGACUAUGGUGGGAGAGAUACUUUCCAUGUCUGUUUUACCUAAGUAACCUCUCUCUGGCAACCGGUUACAUUAUUUUGCUGUUUUAUGCUCUCAUCUGGGAAACUGGGAAUAUUGUCAGCCUUCCAACCAAGAAAAUUGGCUUCUACAACUUCUGCCUGUGGAACGAGGAAGCAGAAAAACUAGAUUGCCUCUUGUCUGAGGACUUAGAAAAGAUGGGCAUCAACAAAGUUGCACUGAUGUUGUCCAGGAUUUGUGUCUAUUGCACACCAGUGUUGUGCCUCUAUGUUACCACUACCAUCUUGCAGGCCAUGUGCUUGAAAGACAGAGAUGGGUGGAAACUCACCUGUACUCUCUUGGCUGUUUGUGUUCUGACCUUGCCCGCUGGUCUCAGCUUAUUUCUCUUCCAGACUCAGAGGUGGAUUCAGAUCUCUGAACUUGGGAAGGUUUUUGCAGCCUUACUUGGGGCUCAUGCCUUGCUCUUACUCCACAUAGUCCUUGCUGGUAUGUACUUGGCAAAGUUCAAAGAUGCACUUCUCCCAAGCAAUUUUUUCCUUGUAAAGAGCAUCCCAUGAGUAUGUUUAAGUUCCAGAUUCAUAUAUUAGUGUAAGGCAAUACAUGUUAAAAGGGCCUUCUGAGCAACAACUGCACAUCAGUCUAUGUUCUACUGAGGCAGAUCAAAUGUUGUAUUGCUCUGGCAUAUGUGAUUCUGCAAGAUAAUUACUUUGAGAUUCGGCUUUUCUAAAGCAGCUGCUAUGAAGCCAAGCCAACACGCACUCCUCAGUGGGAAACAGCCAUCCGCAAAGACUGCCAAUUUAAAAAUUACAUGAGUGUUAAUUGUUUCCUUCAGCCUCCCCCCACAGCUGGCUUUUGGGGAAAGAAGCCUGCCUUAUAAAUGGCAGGGAAGGAAAAAAACUGGGUCACAGUUGAAGCAUGCACUCAACUGGCAGAUGCUUCUGUCUGGCAUACCAAAUCCUGGGCAGGAUAAGCAGGUGCAUCCCACAGGUUGCCCUUCUGUGUCCCAGAUGAGCUGAAUGUGAGGGAUUGCAAUUUUAUAGGAGAAUGUAUGUCUUACUCUAGCAUAUUACUUUUAUAGCUGCUGUUCAGGGACAGAAAGAUUGCAUGAGUUGUACCAAAAUAAUAGGAGAAAUACACCCUCUCAAGAGAGAGACCCUCCUUUCAGAAAAGAAUAUUAGCACAUUCUUUAGCAAUAAGCAGCAGUUAACUGUUUCGGUAUUUUCUUGGAAGUAUUCAAGCCUGCCUUGGUGUAUAAUCUUGCAAUGGCUGCUCUUUGAAAAAUCACCAAACGAUGACAAGCUUUUUUACAGGGGCCCACAAAAGUCCACUAUUACUUGAGAUCGCUAACUCACAUACACACACUCCUUAGGCUUACUCUUCUCUUGUUUGUGAUGGCGUGAGAGGAAGGCAGGAGCUGUCUUUGGCUGCUAGGAAGAGACUGCUGCUGUCUCUCUCAUCCUAAAGAAAGCUGUGGUGAGAGAAUUUCUGUCUAGCUGGGCAGACUUGUGGGUUCCUUUUCUGUUACAAAUCUACUAACAUCACACAGUUUGUUUAAAAAGGAUAUAGGUUAACUAUAGGUUAAGCAGGACAGUGUUCAAGUACUUUCAUAAUUAACAAGUAAUUGCCAUAAUUCAUACUGUUUAAGUUGAUAUUGUUGUGGUGCUGUUCUUUGAUGUUUAAACAACAACGCUCCAGUGAACCGAAGACAGGUACAUUGGCUUGACUGUAACUCACAAUUAGUUGGGGUGCCUCUUCAACAUUUUAAAGGAGAAAAAGGCUGAUGAUAUCUAUCUAUUCCUACCACAUAGUAAAUGGAAUUCGGGACUAGGAAAAGAGCCCACAUUAUGGCAGGCAAAAGACUCCACUGCAGGCCCAAAAAGAUGUUCAAGAAAUAGACUGACCAGAUAUGCAAACAUGAAAAGGACCAUUCUCUCUGGUACCCAGUUAGGAACCCGUCUUCCUUUUUAACUAGUUGUUAAGGCUUCUCUUUAAACAUUUUUAGGUCUGUUCCAAGCAUACAGAUGAUUUUGAUGUGAUAACUCUUAAUACUAGCACGUUGAUUUAUCUGUAUGCUGUUGAGUAGUCAUUACUACAGAAACAAAAUUUUUGUUCCCUUGGUUCUUGGUAACAAUUUGAAACAAAGCAAACUCUUUCAUCUUUAGAAAUAGUAAUGCUACAUUUAAAAAAACUGUUUCAGUAUAAGUCAUCUGGUCACAUUUUCACCAAUUUCGGCUGAUACAAAACAACCUUACGUUCUUCCAACAAAAAUGUUCAAAUAAAAGUCUUGUUCAUCA